AUGCAGGUUGCAUUCCCGGGCGGUAAUGUUCAGCGAGUGUCCUCUUCCCCGGCUAGGACCUUUUCCCGUCGGGUCGCCCACAGCCCCUCCUCCGGGCGUGGGGGAGGAGAAGAAUCACAGGGGACUCCCUUCCUAUUUAAAGGUCGCCUGGUCCCUCAGAGGGACCUCGGUCCACGACGGUCCCUCGGUGCCGCGGUUGGUGACACCUCUAGCUGCUGGGGGCAGGGGCGUUCCUGGACACUUCUCCCCGGUGACCCCAAGGCGGUGGCGCACUUGUCACCGUGGGUGACCGAGAGGGGACGGCGGGGGGCGGGCCCCGCGGGGCAGGUGGGCGCGGCCGGCGCUGGCCGCCGCAGCAAGUGGUUGGGCCGUGCGCAGUCCAUCCUGCGCGGCGCCGGCGCGGCUGAUCCUGGGCUGUUGCAUGGUGGCGCUCAGCUUCGGGGCGCUGUCGCUGAGCAGCUCGCCGCAGGUGAAGAACUCGUGCCCGUUCUGGGCCGGCUCCUCGCACCCAUUCUCUCGUUGCAGGUAAAUCUCUUUGUGCUGCUCUCCGUGGUUUGCAUCCUCUUAAAUCUCGCAGGGUUCAUCCUAGGCUGUCAAGGAGCCCAGUUUGUGUCCAGCGUGCCCAGAUGUGAUCUGGUGGACUUAGGUGAAGGCAAGAUCUGCUUCUGUUGUGAAGAAUUUCAACCAGCCAAAUGCACGGACAAAGAAAAUGCCUUGAAACUCUUCCCAGUCCAGCCUUGUAGCGCUGUACACCUUCUGCUUAAGAAAGUCCUGUUUGCCCUGUGUGCCUUGAACGCCCUGACCACCACAGUAUGCUUGGUGGCUGCCGCCCUGCGCUACCUCCAGAUCUUCGCCAGCAGAAGGCCAUGUAUUGAUGAAUCUCAGAUGUCUGCUGAGGAAGUGGAAGAGCACGGGCGGAUUCCGGACCCAGACGACUUUGUACCGCCAGUGCCUCCCCCCUCUUACUUUGCCACAUUUUACUCCUGCACACCUCGGAUGAACCGCAGGAUGGUUGGUUCUGAUGUCAUCCCACUGCCCCAUAUCUAUGGAGCACGGAUCAAGGGUGUGGAAGUGUUCUGUCCUCUGGACCCCCCUCCUCCAUAUGAAGCCGUAGUGAGCCAGACUGACCAGGAGCAGGAGUCUUCAUUCCAAAUGCCAGAAGGACCAGAAACUGCCACGAGCCCAGUGGAGCCAGUUUGCACACAGAUAACUCAAGGUGGGGUUCUUACUAACACGACUGGUGAAGAAAACACAUCUGGAUCAACUCCUAUUUCCAACCUGGUUCAGCCUCUGAGAAGCCGGAGAGCUCUAUCACUUCUGAGGACAAGAUCAAAGAGUGACCCUGUGCUUCACCAUUCAGAGGAGAGAGCUACCCCAGUGCUCAGCUGCGAAGCUGCGACUCAGACAGAAAGGAGGCUAGAUCUGGCCACGGUGACCCUGAGGAGAGGUGCAAGACUGCGGGCAUCAAGAUGCAGACCCCGCUCUCUGAUAGAUUACAGGUCUUACAUAGACACGAAGCUGCUGGUGGCCAGGUUCCUGGAGCAGUCCUCCUGCAGCAUGACUCCCGACAUCCAUGAACUUGUAGAAAACAUAAAGUCUGUUCUGAAGUCUGACGAGGGUCACAUGGAGGAAGCCAUCACGAGUGCCAGUUUCCUAGAGCAGAUAAUGGCCCCGGCACAGCCCAGCACGUCCCAGGCCCAGGCGCUGACCUCGAGGAGACAGCCUGGCCUGCUGCACCUGCGCAGCUGUGGAGACCUGAGCACCUUUUCCCUGGGAGCAAGGCCAAGAGCUGAGAGAAGGCCCCAGCAGCGAGCUGAGGCUGAGCGGCCACACAGCCUCAUUGGUGUCAUUCGAGAGACUGUCCUGUGA